AUGUUAGAACCACCAUUACAUUUGAAUGAAAGACAUAUAUUUUCAUCUUUACCUCCAAUAUAUAAGUUAUCUGCAAAACAAUGUGCUUUAUUAACAAAUGAGAAGCAAACAAAUGAAGACUUAAAUGAUGAACAAAUAAAAGAAAAAUAUCCCGAUCUUCAACAUUGUCCAUCAAAUAUUCAUUGUAUUUUACCAGAUGGAAUUCAAGUUGAAAAUCACCCAAUUAAUGAUCAACAAAGCAAUUGGGGCCUUUAUGCAACGAGAUUUUUUUCAAAAAAUUCAAUUCUGUUUCUUCCAAAACCUUAUGGUUAUAUUUAUGAUGAAGAUAUGGAUUAUAAUUUAAUAAUUGAUCCAGAUGGUCCGGUAAUUCCAAUGAAUACUCGUCGACAUACAAGUGAUUGUGGCAAAGGUGUCAGAGAAUUAAUCACAUAUGGAGCUCUAAUCAAUCAUAGUUGUGAUCCAAAUUGUUAUUUAAAUUCAGCUUAUGCUCAUUUAAAAAAAGAUGAACCAUUAGCUGCUAUUGCUUUAUGUGAUAUUUAUCCAAAUGAUCAAAUAACAGUUGAUUACAAUUUAUUUGGAUAUUCGAUGAAUGGAUUUAUUGAAAAUUGUUCUUGUCGAAUGCCUUCAUGUCGUGGUUAUUGUUAUGGUUUUAAAUAUCUUAGUGAAAUUGAAAAAGACAAAUUAUUACCGUAUGCAGCAUUUCAUGUCCAAAUUGACUAUUGGAAAGAUAAAUUGAAUCAAUAG